UCGCGGCCACUACCAGCGCGACGCAGUCGAGCGAUUCGGAAGAUAGGCGGAGCGAGCUUCCCGCUCCAUUUUUAGCUUCUGGAUCAGAUUUCUGGCCGCACCUUCUCCUUCUCCCUCCUCCUCGUAGAGGACGGAGAAGCAGAAGAGCAAGAGGAAGGAAGGUGAAGAAACGAACAAGGUUUCCGUCGGCACUUGAUUUAAUCUCCCGUCGGCGGCUGUUUCGUCGGCGAGUUGCCCGAGGUACUCGCUGUUUGUGUAGAUUCGCGUGUAUAGACUACAGAUGCAGAGAUAGUUUCAACAUUAAUGGUGUGUUCACUGGGAAAUGGGAGGAUGGCUGUCAUGGCCAGGAUUCUAGCUGCUGGAAGUGUGUCAUCGCAGAAUCUAGCAGUGGAAAUUGGCCGUCGACAAUCAGCUGCAAAAUGCAUGUACAGGGAGUUACAUGAGGCUGAUGAACCAAACUUGCUUGAUGAGGAAGACAUGCAUGUCUUUGGUGUGGAGCCAAUGACUGAUCCUCUGCAUCUGGUAUGCUGCAAUGCUUGUAAGAAGCCAGUGAAGGCAAGUCAAUAUGCAGCUCAUUCAGAACUGUGUAGAUCCUUGAAAUAUGUUGGAGAAAUUACAACGAGAGAUGCUGGCGGUAAAGGGCACAGGAAAGCUCCUAAGAAAGAGAGGAAAAAGUUGAUGGCACACUCUAAUCCAGUGGCACCAGUUACAGAGCAGGGCAGGUCUGUGUCUAUAAAUGUAGAUAAUGUAACUAUAUCAGAACCAAGGUUAGGCGGAAAACCUGGGAUGUCUUCUUCCAUGUACGUCCAUCCAACAAGUAAGAUGUUUCCUUUCCCCUUUGUUCAAGACUAUGCCCUUCGCUUGAAUUAUUUCUGUGGCUAUUUAUCAGAUAAGGGUUGGGACCGUCACCUUCUGUUCCUUUGUUCUACUUUGAAACUAAGGAAAUUCUGCAUGUGUGGAUGUGUCAUCUAUGAUGGAUGGUAGAGGAGUGGUGCCUGAGAAUGCAGCCAACUCACAGCGUGUAUUGCCACCUCCAACAAAGCGCUCUAAACUCUUAUCAAGUCAGGUUCCAUCUCCAGCAGAUGGUCCAGAGAAACCUUCAGGAUUCUCAGAAGUCACAAGCUGUAGAGGUAAGGAUUACCAACCACAGAAAAUAGCUGUGGCCCAGAUUCUUUCUAAUCCGGACGUCCCUGUCUCCAAGGGUCAUGGGCAAAAUAAUGAUCGUUGCUUGUGGAAGAAAGAUAUUCCGGCUCCCCUUGCUACCAAAAUUUACUACUCACAAAGGAGUAAUCGCCUGAGGUCAGCAGUAGCAUAUAUGUAUCAUGUCUCAUCAAACCAAGGAGUUCUCAGUGACAUGAGUCCAGAUAUAUCACAGAAAAGCAUGCAAGUAAACACUUCGUCACAGACCGGUGAACAUGCAGAUGAAAUCAGCAACAAGGAGGGAGCGCAAUCUGCUUUUAAACCUGAUCACAUUCUAGGGCAAAUUUCAGGGGGAUCCUUGGACAAAUUCGAAGGAUGCCUUCAGGAUACAGAUAUGUCAAGUCAGUUCCCCAUUAGUAAUCUUCUUGGGCCUCCUCAGAUGCCACCCGCUGGGCAACUUGGAAGUAAAUAUCUUGCACCUCCUUAUUCCCAUGGUGGAAAUUCAGCGCAAUCGAUCGGCGGAACGAUGCAGCAGCAACCAAAUGGAAGCGUUCAUGUCCUGACACAGGACCAGCCAGGCUAAAAAAAGCUCGCCACCAGAAAAAGCAGUGGUUGAUGGAGAACGCAGACAAGUUGCUGAGCGGGGUUCGAUAGCGACGGCUCGAGUACAGGACCUCUCUCUCUCUCUCUCUCUCUCUCUGCCUGCGGUUGUAGGGCGAGUGAAAGUAGGAAGAGAGCAUUUUGUGGCUUUGUGGGAUUCCUCACUCAAAUAUAUAUUUUAUAGGUAAGGG